AUGACUACUUUUUCCGCAUGGAUUUUCAGCCUGAGUGUGCUGCCCAAGAGAUGGCGGAAAGUCCAACCGGAAACAGAAACGUCGGGCGCGACACACCUGGAUGUAGGCUCCAAUGAUAAUGAACGCCCGGUCGACCUUACUGCGAAGGUCGUGAAGGAAUUGGCAUAUGCUACUGCCCAGGGCAGUUUCGGUGACGUAUGGAAAUGCAUGUUCUCAGACAAAGAUAGAAAUGUGGAGGUGGCGGUUAAAUGUGUCAGGAUCGAAAUUCAGGAUGACAGUUUCAAGAAAAUCGUCAACGAGAGGUUAAUGGACGACUUCCGCAAGUGGAAACUACUGCGUCAUGAUAACAUUCUUUCCUUGUACGGGAUUACCUACGGAUUUGGUCCAGUACCAGCUAUCGUAUUUCCAUGGAUGACCAACGGAUCCUUGAGCACGUAUCUUGGUAAAAACUAUGACAGUCUCUCUGGGGCUCACAAGUUCAGUUUGCUUGCUGAUGUAGCUGCUGGUCUUCAAUAUCUCCACUCUAAGGGGGUAGUUCAUGCAGAUCUCACAGGUAGCAAUGUGCUCAUCGAUAGAGACGGAAGAGCUCUUGUAGCAGACUAUGGGCUCUUGACUACAUGUUCCGACCUGAACGGGACCUCUUACAUCAGGAGUAACGUACGAUGGUCUGCGCCUGAGCUUUUCGAAGUUCCGGACACCGAGGAUGCAUCUAGCUCACCAAAAAUAGAAAGUGACAUUUACUCAUUUGGAUGUAUCGCAUACCAGGUUUUAUCGGGCAAGCAGCCGUACUGUAACAUUCGCAGUGAUCACCAGGUGGUUGUGGCCAUCCUCAAAGGUGUCAAGCCAAAGCGUCCAGACAUCCCUGCCAUCGAGGAUUGUCACUGGGACUUUAUCGAGCAAUGCUGGGUUGAGUCAUCACAGCGACCUCCUAUUGCUGAUGUCCGAGAUUUGAUGUGUCACUAUAGAGAUGUUAUGCGUUGA